CACUCGUCAACACCGUAAACUUUACAACCUUUUUUUUUUCUCUACACACUCGUUUUAUUUCCAUUUCCUUCCUCUCAACCGCGGAACCAACCUACACUGUCUAAACACCACGUUUUCAAGUUGUUAAGGUAUCGAAGCAGCAGUUGCGCAUUCUUGUAAUAACCAGCAACUCUUUCGCUGCCCCCCAAGCACUGUCCCUUAAGCACAUUCCACGCUCACGCUCACGCUCUUUCAAAUUUUGUCCCCUCUCCAAUCGAAGCUCUGUUCAAUACACGUUCAGUUGAUUCCGAGUCCAAACACAGUCGCCAUGGCGGAUCAAAGUCGUAAGCGCGAAGCUUCAUCGGGAGAUGCACAUGACGACUACCCUGCAAAGAGACAAAAAUCCGAGAUGUCUCUAUUUGCUAACCCAGUACUCCCUGUACCCAAUUUGAAGUUUAGCUUCAAGGUGCCUGCACCAACCACAACAAAAAAAGGUGUAGAUGACGACCCCAACGACGCAGACUACGUCGAUAAGCCCAAGUCCAAGCCGAAGCUGAGCGCUGCUGAACGCCUACCGAUCGGUCCUCAGCGAUUGCAUUUACCCCGUCAGCCUACCCUGCAGCAAGCGACUGACGAAAUCUUUUCGAAGACAUACAAGCUUCGCAGUAGAGAUACAAAAGACCCCCCGGCUACUACAGCCACGACUUGUAACCACCCUGACCUAGUCUACCGCAUGCAGCGACUAGAGGCUUCCCAUAAGUCAUUAGAAAGCUCCGUUGACAAAAUCCGCUCCAUUGAACCCAGAGCAACGCGACGAGAGUUAAACAACCUAGCCACGCUUGAACGCCAGGCCAAUGCAAUGGAGACAAGAUUGCAUGACCUGGAAGCUAGGUUCCGUGACAUGAAGACUACAUUUGAAGCUAUGCCCAGCCACCCACAAAAUAACCCCAAUCGUUUGGAUACUAUCAUUGCUACUGGUGAGCUCCCAACGAAAGAGGUCACUGAGCCUCCAGCACCUGCGCCACAAAAGCAUGACGGCGACAACGAUGAUGUGGUAUUCUUAGGACAGCGAACUAAGAAUAGCACUACUCCAAGCAGUGAGGGGCCACCGCAACCGGAAGUUGUCAAGCGUGAUAACUUCGUAGCUUACCUCAAGAGCCUAGACUUCCAAAGUCCCGAGGGGAUGAACUCUCACGCUAACACGCCUGUUAUCCUAAAAGAAUAUACCUUGUGCAUUUUAGAUAACGGAACAACAUACUUCGUACGAUUAGGAACCGAGGAUACUUGUCUCUCUGAUAUGGAAUUCGAGGAAGACCCCCCGGCCCCUUUGGUGCUACCCCGCGAGAAUCGAGGCUACCGUGACUUGAACGAGGAUGCGGAUACGACCUCUCUUAAUUGCUGCUGCGAUUUCAUCGUCGAGAUCGAAUAUCGUGGUCUACCUUUCGGUUUGAAUGGGUUCGGCAGCUCACCCCGUUAUGCAUAUCUCUUGGGUGAGAUUUACGUCCGAAAACCUGGAGUCAAUGGUAUGCCACCGCGUACCUUCUCAACCAACUAUUUCCUCCUCAUGGACGUUAUUCACCCACAAAGACCGCUGUGGAUUGCGUACGCCUAUGAGUACAUUGCUGAAAAGGUUAACACGACCAACGGAGCUACCUCUUCUACUAAUCCUGGUGGCUCAGGAGGCACUAACCGAGUGCUGACAAUGUACGACCUGAAACGAGACGAGGAGUUUUGUAAGGGAUUCGGAAUUUUCGACAUGGCACGUAUCGCGGAUGGACUAGACAGUUUCAAACAGGCAAAUGAGACGUCCCUCCCUCAACUUGACCCUUCCGAUGUUGAGAAGACGCUUCGCGCCUCGGCUCGUACCGAACGCCCCGUGUUCACCCAGCCGAAUCUUGCUGAUUUGACGGUGGCUCUUAGUCAGACCUUAUAUUACGGUUAGGCAAUUACUUCCGCCGCUAUGAAUCCUCUGUUUAGGGACUGUCUAGUUCAUGAUGAGUGAGAUAUUGUGGUAUCCAAAAAUCUCCGAUGCGGGGGUUUAAGUUGAUUAUAUCUCAUUCAAUUGCGCGGCGUUGCGAUUUGGAUUGACGAUGACCAGGGAACGGAAAGGAAUACUGAAAAGGAGAAGGGAAGCAUGUGUAGGGAAGCAAUGAUGGAAUUAGGGAUGGAAACCAGAUAUGAGAGAUGUAUAGGAAUGAGGGCAUCAUCUGGCGUUAUUGGUUGUUGCAUAUUGAUGAGAGGCGUUGCGCGUCUAGGCAUAGUUCUGCUGCCAGCUCUUCAUUCUCAAAUGUCAUGUACUUGGCACUCAGAUGAUUCGGGAAAGGGUUCGUCAAUGGAAAUUCGGUCAACUAAAAAGUUCGUCCUCCGCUGUUACGUGCUCGUCCGCCUAGCAAAGGUGAAAGUAUCGUCCCCCAUAGUGUCGCUCCCAUAGAGGGGUUAGUGGUGCGAAGUGGUGCACUGAAGCCACUGAUAGUUGAC